UAUGGCAUUAUUCAUGUCCCAAGGAAGACGAAGUAGGAGGAGAAGGAGAGAUUUGGGGGUCUCUGAUGUUUUUCGCAAAAACGUUGACUGCCUUUGGAUGAUACAGGCCACUUAAAACCAAAAUCUUUCUUUUCAGAAUUCUCUGAUUCUUCUUCUUCUUCUUCUUCUUCUUCUCCAGCUCUCCUGUACUCUUACAGGAUGUCUAACUUAACUUCUGUUUCUGGAGAAGCCAGUGGUUCUUCUGGCAACAUGGCUGAUGAUAACAUUAGGCAUCAGCCAGUUGGGGCACCACCACAAUUGUCCAUGGCAGCUGUUGCUUCUGGAAAUGGGAAUAAUACCACAGGCCAAGUCCCAGUAAAGAGAAAGAGGAAUCUUCCUGGAACUCCAGACCCAGAUGCAGAAGUGAUUGCUCUAUCUCCAAGGACUCUGAUGGCUACAAACAGAUUCAUCUGUGAGAUUUGCAACAAAGGGUUUCAACGAGACCAAAAUCUGCAGUUGCACAGACGAGGGCACAAUCUUCCUUGGAAGCUGAGGCAAAGGACAAGCACUGAAAUCAAGAAAAGAGUAUACAUAUGUCCAGAGCCCAGUUGCGUACACCAUGACCCAACCAGGGCUCUGGGUGAUCUCACUGGCAUCAAAAAACACUUUUGUAGAAAACAUGGGGAGAAAAAAUGGAAGUGUGAUAAGUGCUCAAAACGCUAUGCUGUUCAGUCAGACUGGAAAGCCCAUUCUAAGACUUGUGGCACCAGGGAGUAUAGAUGUGACUGUGGAACUCUUUUUUCCAGGAGGGAUAGCUUCAUCACCCACAGAGCGUUCUGCGAUGCUCUAGCUGAAGAUGGGAACCGAGCUCAGGAAGGAAUCAACCAGCAACUGCAAGGAAUAGGAGCUCCAAUGUCUUCCUCAUCCUCUCCUGGUAAACCCAAUACGCCAUUAUCAAGCAUGCAUAUGAACCGAACCAGGCUUUCCUCUUCCCCAUGGGAACACCCUCCCCAUGAGUCUGGACCCAUAAGACCAGGCCUCCCAUUGUUAUUGGGACAAGACAGGAAGGAUCUUGUUAGCCAGAUGCAGCAGUUCCAAGGCAAUCCUAACCACUUGGAUACAGUUUCUUCAGGGUUCUAUCCUCCAAAAAACAUGCCAGGUCUGAUGGGAUUAUCUGACCAUGAAUCUCAAAUGGGUCAACAAAAGGCUAGUCUAUUUCCAAUGCCAAUAUCAAACCCUAAUUCAGGCAGCAUGUUUUCUGGUAUUUACAGUUCUGGGUUUCGUCCAAUGGAGUUUGGAGGAGAUUUGACAACUCCCAAUCACCAUGAAGGAAACAGGCCAAGCAACCACACUGCCCACAUGUCAGCCACAGCAUUGCUUCAGAAAGCAGCUCAAAUGGGUGCAACUGCAAGCACUUCUCCUUUGCUUCCUACAUUUGGCAUGGCUGGUCCAGACAUGUCAAGCUCCACUGCUCAAUCCCUAAGGCCAUCUUGGCAAGACCCCUCACCACAUGACCAGAGGCUAGUGGAUCAGUUCCAUUCCUUCAAUGACAACCAUGGUUCACCCAACUCCUUGGGAUCUCAGUACUUCACUGGAAGCCAGCCAAAGUCAUCAGACAACACAGCCCUUCAUGAGAGCUUAAUGCAAAGUCAGAUGCAUGGUGGUAUGUAUAUGAAUGAAAACAGUAUACAAACAGGUUCUUUUGGGAGCCAAUCUGUUGUGGACUCCAUUCCUCACUUAGCUGCAGGUGGGUUUGAUAGAGAGAACAACAGCAUGGGAGGAUCUCAAUUACAGGGAAGAUUAGGUUUUCCAAUGGGUGGAAAACAUAGAGAUGGUGGAGAUAAAUUAACUAGAGAUUUUCUUGGAGUUGGACCUGCUGCAAGACUCGUUGGAAGGACACUGUCUGAACGAGACCUUAUGAAUGUCAGAUCUCAGAUGGAAUCUGGAGGAAUUGAGUUAGAAGCCUAUGCUAAUAAUAAUAAUAAAACUGACAACCACCAUUCCCAUGGCCAAUCAACACAAAAAUCAUGGGAAGUCUCGUAAGGUGUAGUGAGAAGAAACAGACCCCGCCCCAAAAAAAUGAUAAUAUUUGAUAAUGCCCAAAAGGGAAAAACUUAAAAUUUUCUUUCUCGUAAUCUUUCUUUCUUGCUAGGGAGUUUUAGUUUAUCCACACUUUUGUUUGAGUCGUUCCCCUGGGUAAUUGGUUCUUCAGCAUGUAAGAACCCAAGUGUACAAAUGUCUGAGCUGUUGCAAUUUAUAUUUAGUUACCAUUGCAUCAAAACAUAUAGAUUGAAGUAGAGUUUGAAAAUGGCUCCCACUUAUUUAAUAUCUUCUUCUGGUUACAAAUUUUGAUUUCCCUUCAUUUUUAAUAAAGGUUAAACAAUAAAAUAAUCAUUGUUUA